CCGCGCGCAUGACUGUUACUCACCACUUGAACCCGGAUCUCCCGCGCAUAUAUCGUCUUCAAAUGGGAAACUUUUACUUUCGAAGGAAAUUAUAAAUUCAAGGAUCUCAGUGCCAGUGUACGUGCUUGUGCUUUGCAGAAUAAUAUGCAUAAGUGACGGAAUACUUUUGACAUAUAAUUUGUUAUGAUAAAAAGAGACAAUCGUAAAAUGUUUCUGUGUGUAUGUCUCAUUAUUUGGAGCGCUGCCCUCGUGCCGGCUCUGGCCCAAGGCGAACGCCAUUGCGGCCACCCGGCAGUGCCGCCUAAUGCACGGGUGACAAUACCCAGCGACACAGCGAUCACACCGGGAACCGUCGCUACCUACGAAUGCGAUGACGGUUACGAGCUCUUCGGAGCACACCAGAGGGAGUGUACAUUGAGAGGCGAUUGGACUGCUGAACCGCCAUUUUGUGGUACGAACGUCGCCUUUAGAAAACCAGCAAACCAAUCGACAACCGUCCGUGGAGGGGCGGCGGCUAACGGCAACGACGGUGAGAAGACUACAGAACACGACGGCAAGAGAUGCACGGAGACGCAACGUGAGGCCUCGCCAUGGUGGCAAGUCGACCUGCUAAGGCAUUACGCCGUCAAAGUUGUCAGAGUCACCACCAGGGGAUGUUGUGGUCAUCAGCCACUUCAAGACCUAGAAAUAAGAGUGGGCAACAGCAGUACGGAUCUUCAAAGGAACCCGCUAUGCGCCUGGUUCCCAGGAACAAUAGAUGAAGGAGUGACAAAAACUUUCACAUGCGCCCGACCACUAAUCGGUCAGCAUGUGUUUCUACAACUCGUCGGUGUCGAAGGUUCCCUGUCUCUCUGCGAAGUCGAAGUCUUCACUACAGAAGAAUUUUCCAACGACCGAUGUGCGCCGGCCGGAGCUUCCGCUGACAUAGAACUUGCAGCAUUCUCUCGUAACUGCUACGAGUUCAACGUAGCUAAAGGAGGUUCCUUCGACGAGGCACGCAAGCAGUGCCAAUCGCACGGCGGGGAUCUCAUACAUGGCUUUCAGGGAGCAACCUCCAGUUACUUAAUACAAGAACUGGAACGACGCAAGGCACAGUUGAAGACUCAACUAGUCUGGAUAGGAGCUCAGAAAGAACCGGGCCUCACUUCGAGAACAUGGCGAUGGGUUGAUGGCGAAUUGGUUUCGAAACCAACUUGGGGCAAAGACCAGCCGAACAACUACAACGGUGAACAGAACUGCGUGGUGCUGGACGGUGGCCGGGCGUGGUUGUGGAACGACGUCGGUUGCAACCUCGACUAUCUGCACUGGAUCUGCCAGUACCUGCCGCCAUCUUGUGGGAGUCCAGAUAAACUGUUGAAUACAACAAUUGAAGGAAACAGCUACCUGGUGGGAGCAUCUAUAGCUUACAGAUGUCCAGAAGGUCACAUGUUGCUUGGAGAUAAAACUAGAGAGUGCAAGGAAGACGGUUUCUGGUCCGGUACAGCGCCGAGUUGUAAAUAUGUCGACUGCGGCGGUCUUACCCCGAUCCAAGAUGGCGAAGUAUCUUUAAUUGACGGACGCACUACGCACGGAGCGAGGGCGAUGUACACUUGUAAAGAGAACCACACUCUCGUCGGUGAGCCAUCAAGGGAAUGUAGCGAUGAGGGCGUUUGGAGUGGGCAAGCACCCAAGUGUUUGUUCGACUGGUGCCCGGAGCCGCCCGGCGUGGCAGGCGCGACUGUAGCAGUUAGUGGACACAAAGCCGGGUCUUUGGCAACCUACACUUGCCAAAAUGGAUUCAUAUUGUUUGGUACAAAUAGUGUAACCUGUAAGCUUGGCGGUACUUGGGCUGGUUCACCGCCUUCCUGCAAGUAUGUCGACUGCGGAACACCAGCUCAAUUGUACAAGGGUUCCUUCAGACUGCUAAAUGGCACCACGACUUAUGGCUCUAUAGCGCAGUUUAAUUGUGAAGCCGACUACUGGUUAUCAGGAAAUGAGUUCCUUACAUGCAACCGAGAUGGAAAAUGGUCCCACGACAUUCCAACAUGUGAUCUGAUUACCUGCGCUGAUCCCGAAGUCCCCGCCGGUGGUUAUAUGGAGGCUUACGACUACAACGUACAUUCGACGAUUGACUUCCACUGCGAGCACGGGCACAAGCUUGUUGGAGAAUCCAGUUUGAUUUGCCAACAAGAUGGCGAAUGGUCCGGGGACUCUCCGAAAUGCGAGUAUGUGGAUUGUGGGAAGCUCCCACCAAUGCCAUAUGGAUCUGCAGAGCUACUGAAUGGCACCACACAUUUGGGUAGCAUCAUCCAAUACUCGUGUACAACUAACUACCGCCUAGUGGGGCCCGUGCGGAGAAUCUGUACAGAAGAUCAUCAGUGGAGUGAUUCAUCACCCAGGUGUGAAGAAAUCCGUUGUCCAGAGCCUAUAGUAGCAGAGAACAGCAUAGUAUCUGUGACGGGUAAUGACCGCAUGCACGGACGUACACUCAUCCGUACAGCAGGCAGCACCAAUGCAGGCAAUACAUACCGCAUUGGUGCGCUCGUCAAAUACCGUUGCGAGAGAGGGUACAAAGUCAUCGGCGAAAGCCUAUCUACUUGUGAGGAUAAUGGUCAAUGGAGUGGGGUCACACCUCGAUGUCAAUAUGUGGACUGUGGUAAUCCUGGUCGACUGCAGAAUGGUAUAGUGACACUGGCGACCAAUUUCACAUAUUACGGUGCUGCAGCUCUAUAUGAAUGCGAUGAACAUUGGCAACUUGAUGGUGUUUCAAGACGAUUGUGCCAAGACAACGGAACGUGGAGUUCUGAACCACCAAUAUGCAAAGAAAUAAUAUGCACAGACCCAUCGAUCCAGAUUAAAGGCAGCACAGGACUUGUUGUUGUUACAUCCUCGCUCAGUAUUGGCAGUGAGGCACACUAUCGCUGCGAGCGGGGUUAUAGCCUCCGCGGCAACCAGACCAGAAUGUGCAUGCCAAGAGGAGUGUGGAAUGGAUCACCACCAGUCUGUAUACCAAUCGAUUGUAAGUCACCGGGGACGAUUGAGAAUGGUCGCAUCAUAAUAUCGAACGGUUCGACUCUAUUUGGAAGUUCUAUCGAGUAUCACUGCAUGCCGCAGUACCAGCGUGUAGGGCCGUUCCUAAGGAAGUGCUUGGACGACGGCAAGUGGUCGGGCGAUGAGCCCAGCUGUGAACUAGCAACUAACGAAGCGGCGGAUAGCGGCGCUCUACCGCUUAGCGUUGGUGUGGGCUGCGGCAUCGUACUGUUCCUGCUUAUGCUGCUCGCUCUUAUUUAUUUACGGCUUCGAAAAGCAAUGCCGGUGAAGAAUACUGAGAAUAUUGAAGGUGCGGAAAGAAAAGAAGAUCAAAAUGCGGCGGUAAUGAGCUACGCCACUCUACACGACACGAACGGACGACACAUAUACGAUCACGUGACGGACAACGUAUACGAUUCGCCUUAUAGCGAGCGAGUAGCUGACAACAUAGCGUACGGCCGCCGCAGUGACACUGAUUCCGCGUAUGAACCCGAACCCACGGGACCUAAUGCAGUGGUCACGAUUAACGGAGUCGCGGUGCGUUGAUACAUAUAUAAUACAAUGUACAAAUAAAACAUACAACUUUGCCAAGUAGUGUAAUUGGAAGAAUAGUGAUGUCCGGCUCGAAGGACCAGUUGCUUCAGACCAUGCGUAGUGCUUGUGUCAAAUUUAUAAGUGAUAAAUAUAAAUCAUUGUAGAGUUUGGAAAAUAGAUGCAUAAAAUUAUCAUAAUUAUAAAAUUACACGGCGAUUAUAUUUUUGACGUAUU